ACCCAUCGUUCAGCUUCCCUCAUGGUCUCUCACAUGAUGAUCAUCGGAGCUCAUUCAUGGCUCUGUUGAUCGUCAUGAUUCGAUGAAGCUUGUGUCACUAAUGGUGGCAGGUGCAUCUGUUUACUGGUCCUCCCUCAGUUUUCGGCAAUCUCCGUCGGUCUAAAUCCGCAGUUGAAGCACAAAAACAUUUCUACAUCAGACCAGUUGACUGCAAUUCGAACAGUAUACUUCUACAGAGUAUGUCUCGCCUUAUCUCGCUUGAUCCGACAACAAUGUAAUGGGAGAAAAUCUCCGAUACGAAAGAUGCAGACCUGAUUUGGAAGUCUGGGCCGGCCUAGACAUCCCACAUGCUUCCAGAACCACCACACUAAUGUAAUGCAUGCUGCACAUCUUCAAAAGGGCGCUGGAUUUGCUCAGCCACUUGGCCCAUCCUUCUUUCGGUCUCUCCGUCAGCUGUAAGCAUGUGGUUGUCAACCGAUCGCAUCGUAUCGCAUCCCUGCUUCAUAGAGCAUUCAGGCACCCCGGGAUCCGGGCUAUAGUGGCCUGACGUUUCGCUCCAACCCGACACCCUAGCUUUGGAUGAUCGUCACGGAAGUGUCCGGAUAGCCAUGAGGCUCACCAGUCAGGC